AAUAUGUCUUUCGCGCGUCGAGUUUCGCUACAACAAAGACGUCGUCUUUCGACACAAUUCUCUGAGCACUCGUGGGGCGCACCCCCGUCAGGUACCAUCUAUGGCGGUAUAUCGGCAUUGUUUGAAAAAAACGAAGUGUUGCUUGCGCUGGCUAUCCGUGAUUCGACCUAUUUGGUGGACUUUAACCAAGAGAGGCUCGUGUUGAAUGAGGGAAACUCGGUAGAUCGACGCAUAGGAGACCAUAUAUUGAAGCGCCUGCAUGAUUGGAGCGAGGAGCACCUGGAGAAGUUUAUUGGGCUAGCUAUACCCCAACACUUGGCUCAUUUAUGCCCGAACCUCUGUUCACGACUUUGGUCAGAAUUAGAUAUCAUCCCAUUAGUUCUUGCAGAUGAUAGCAAGCUGGAUUUAGGUGAAGAGCUGAGAUAUGACUUUCACAAGUCAGUGGAUUGGGAGCUGAGGAGGAUCGAUGAGCAGGCGGAAUCAAUGGCCCGGAAAUGCGUAAGACUGUUUGGCCCAGAAACCAUCCCUUUGCUUCAGGUUGGACUCACCGGACUGGUUCAAGUUGACACCGGCUUCCACGUCCAGCUGACCAACCUCCACGAUUUUCAAAAGACGGUUGGGCCUAGCACCUGGAAAGCUGUCGAGUAUUAUGCGUUGGACCUUAAGAAACGAAAAAUAAAAAUUGCGUUUUUCAGCGCCACACCACAAGGUGGAGGAGUUGCUCUGAUGAGACAUGCUCUUGUAAGAUUCUCACAUUCUCUCGGAACAGAUAUUAAGUGGUACGUUCCUAAACCACGACCUGGAGUUUUCCGUAUCACGAAAACCAAUCAUAAUAUCCUUCAAGGCGUCUCCCUCCCUGAGGAGCGAUUAACCGAAGAGAAGUGGGCGUUGGUCACACAAUGGAUUCACGAGAAUGCAAAGCGAUAUUGGCUACCUCCAGGUUGCCCGCUUACCCAUCCGUCUGAAGGCGGUGCAGAUGUGAUCGUCGUUGAUGACCCGCAGAUGCCGGCACUGAUUCCUCUUGCAAAGGAAAUAGCUCCCGAUAGGCCAGUCAUCUUCCGUUGUCAUAUUCAGGUCCGUAGUGACUUGGUAGCCGAAGAGGGCAGUCCGCAAGCUGAGGCAUGGGGUAGGAUGUGGGACCAGAUUAAGCACGCAGAUCUCUUCAUCAGCCACCCCGUACGGUCGUUUGUGCCUCAUACUGUGCCACGGGAGAAGGUGGGCUAUAUGCCUGCGUCGACAGAUUGGCUGGACGGACUCAAUAAAAAUAUGAGAGAAUGGGACACGGCAUACUAUGGACGGGUAUUCAAUGCGACUGUUAGGAACUCGGGAAUGCCGGUAAUCGACUAUCCAGCAGACCACUAUAUUGUUCAGAUUGCACGAUUUGACCCAUCAAAGGGCAUCCCCGACGUUGUAGAGUCCUACGAGAAAUUUUACCUGCUUAUGAAAGAAGCGCAUCCGAACAAGAACCCUCCAAAACUCUUGAUCUGCGGACACGGGUCGGUCGAUGACCCAGACGGUGCAAUUAUUUACAACGCCGUGGUGACAUACAUUGAAAGCUCCAUCCCGCAAAUCGCGGAGCAGAUUUCCAUCGUUCGUCUUGGUCCGUCUGACCAGGUCCUGAACGCAAUCAUGUCCAAGGCCCGAGUUGCGCUGCAGCUUUCUACUCGCGAGGGAUUUGAAGUGAAAGUGUCUGAAGCGAUCCACAAGGGCAGACCAGUAAUUGCAACUCGAGCAGGUGGGAUUCCACUACAGGUUAUCGACAAAAAGAACGGCUUCCUGGUUGAUGUUGGAGACACGGACGCUGUAGCGAGGCAUCUCUUCGAUCUGUGUACUGAUGAUGAGUUAUGGCAUCGCAUGCACAAAUUUGCUCUGGAUCAUGUCUGUGAUGAGGUUAGUACAGUCGGUAACGCGCUGAACUGGCUUUAUAUUGCCUCCAAGCUGUCCAAAGGCGAGAAGCUCAAGCCAAGCGAGCGCUGGAUCAACGAUAUGGCGCGUGAGGAAGCAGGCACACCAUACGCAGCUGGGGAGAGUCGACUCAAGCGGGCAGUAGAAGUAAGCAAGAUGGGCUAAGCCUAGUUACAGCUACCUACCUACCUACAAUACAUAUAUAAUACAACAACCAAUAAAAAUCCUAUCUAAGAACGAAAAGGGGGUAUAACCUAUAAAUCCAAACAGCCCAAUAUAACACAAAACAACAACAACACAAAAAAAAAACCUUUUUUUAUGUCCCAGCCCCUCACCUCCCAACAA